AUGAUUUCCCUACUAUCAUUUCGCGCCUCUCAACGGCGUCAACUCUUAUCCGUUGCAGCCCUCACGUUAUUCUUCUUCUGUGCUUAUACUCUCCUCAGAAUACCACCGGAGCAGGCAAGAGAGUAUCAAAUAAAAACGCCGGCAUCCUCGGAACCUUUAUCGUCACCAGAGCCAGCAUCACAAGAGAGACAACUCGUUAUAGGAAGCUCGCAGCCAAGACAGGUUCCCACUCCAGAAGUCCAUCCUAUUAGUUACCUCGCGAGCAAUGCUCAACAAGAUCUCGAGCAGAUAAAGGCUCGGCAGUCCAAGACGCUCGAUGAAGCGGUCAAGGAGUAUCGGCGACGAUAUGGGAUGCCACCACCACCUCAUUUCGACAAGUGGUUUCAGUUUGCAAAGGACAGCAAUGUCAAACUAAUUGAUGAGUUUGACACGAUAUAUGACCUGAUCACACCCUUCUGGGGACUAAAGCCUAGAACCAUCCGAUCUCGAGCCAGGGAGGCAUUGGGAUUUGACAACGGGUUGAUUGGAGUAUCUAUUCGAGACCACAGGAUCACAUACAUCCAAAACGGUGUCGAGUGGCAGCAAAAUGCCACCAAGGGAAUGAUGAGCAAGUUUCUCAAAUAUCUCCCCGAUAUGGACCUUGCAUUCAACUUUCAUGAUGAAUCCCGUGUGAUUCUCUCCCAUGAAGACUUGGCAAGAUUGGUAAAGACAGCCAAAGAGAAGAACAUGCCUGUCGCUUUUUCAAAAUCACAACCUGCCAAUGAUUUCACUCAAACAAAUGAGGAGCUGCAUGAUGGUAAGUCGUUCGAGGAGACGACUCUGACACGAUUCAACUCUUUUGCCCACCAAUCCACCUGGGCCCAUUCGCGCUUGUCCUGUCCGCCAGAUACGCCAGCUCGAUGUCUCGAAGAGGACGAGACGGUUGAUCAUCGAAGUAGAUAUGGCAUGAGCGAUCUCGGAUUCAUCUACAACACCACUGCCAUGUCCGAUAUCUGUCUGUCACCCAGCCUCAAGUCCAACUUUGGUUUCUUUGGUGGCCCAAACACAUACAGGAUUGUACAAGACCUUUUCCCUAUCUUCUCACAAUCCAAGAUCUCGUCUUACAGCGAUCUUGUAUAUCCGUCACCCUGGGACUGGGCUGGUAUGGUGGAAUACGACGAGGAAAUGGAUAUGGAAUGGGCCAAGAAGAAGAGCAAGUUAUACUGGCGCGGUUCAACGACAGGAGGGUAUAGCCGCAAUGGUCGCUGGCGACGCCAACAUCGCCAACGUCUUGUUCAAAAGCUCAAUGCGCGGGAUCAAGCUCAGAUUCUUAUGAAGCAGGAUAAACCGUCUUGGGGAUCCAGCGAAGUUCCUCGAGGUGAUUACAGCGACAUGGUCGACGUCCACUUCUCCCACAUCGGUCAAUGUGACCCAGGCGACUGCGAGGCGCAACGGGCAUUCUUCAAUGUCACCGAGGCUGUAGAUCAGCAAGAUGCCUGGUCCUACAAAUACCUCCUCGACAUGGAUGGCAAUGCAUUUUCAGGACGUUUCACUGCCUUUUUGCGUAGUCGCAGUUUGACAUUCAAGCUCGCCGUGUUUCGCGAGUGGCACACUGAGUGGCUCAAGCCAUGGGCUCAUUACGUGCCCCUAAGUAUUCAAGGAGAUGACUGGCUCGAGUCAGUUCGUUUCUUUGAGAACGAAGAAGCUGGCCGUCAAGAGGGCGAGCGCAUUGCUGCUGCCAGUCGAGAGUGGGCGAACCAGGCUGUUCGUCAAGUCGACAUGGAAGCGUGGUUCUUCCGCUUGAUGCUAGAAUAUGCUCGAGUUAUAGAUGACAAGAGAGAAAUCAUUGGUUACGACCGCAGCAGCGCAAACGCCAAGCUACCAAAAGACAAGGUCGUGGAAUGA